CAACCGAUUGCAACCAGUAGCGUGACAGUUAGUGCAGUAAGUGCAUUCAUUCACGUUCACGUGACUCGGUCUAGGUUCAGAACAAAGCUCGUUAAAGAAUGCAGAAAGUUUGCAGCAAGCUUCUGAAGCUCGGGUUUCUCGGCGGAGGAAAAACGGCCCAGGCGAUGGCCAAAGGAUUCAUAUCGGCCGGAUUGGUUGAGGGGAAAAACAUCGCAGCCAGCUUCAGCGUCAAUGACGACGUUAAUCGGCAGGCCUUUAGCGACAUGGGCGCCAUCGUUGAUACGGAUAACAUUGCGGUCGUUAAACGUUCCGAGGUGGUUUUCGUUACGGUGAAGCCCUGGGUCGUUCCGCAUGUUUUGGGACUGGUCAAGCAAAUAAGCGCCGAAAAGUUGUUCAUUUCCGUCGCCAUGGGACUGAAGCUGGAUGAGCUGGAAGAGAUGCUGCUACCGUCCGCCCGAGUGAUUCGGGUAAUGCCAAACCUUCCCACAUUCGUCCGGUGUGGGGCAUGUGUUUACGUUCGAGGAAGCAAAGCCACCGAAAAUGACUGUUCCCUGACACAAAAUCUCCUGGAAGCUGUGGGAACCUGUGAUGAGGUUACAGAAGCCUUGAUUGAUCCCAUUACGGCACUUUCCGGGAGUGGUCCCGGGUAUGUGUUCACCUUCAUCGAAGCGAUGGCUGACGGAGCGGUUAAAAUGGGACUGAGUCGAGAUUUGGCCAUCAAACUGGCAGCCCAGACUGUGAUGGGUGCCGGUAAAAUGGUACGAGAAACCGGUGCGCAUCCUGGGCAGUUGAAGGAUGAUGUUGCGAGUCCUGGGGGGUCGACCAUUACCGGGCUGUCGUUCCUUGAGCAGCAUGCUUUCAGAUAUAUUGUUAGUGGAGCUAUCGAAGCUGCCACAAUGAGAUGUAAAGAAGUGUCCACCAAGAAAGAGUAAUUUUUAAUAAAUAAGGCUUUAUCCUUUGCCGC